AUGAAGCGUCCAUCCAGCCCAGGGUCUCCAGAGAUUGGGCCAGCUGCGGGUUCAGAGCCAUGCAUGGGGCGUCGUCACAGAGAUGGGGACCCCCGGCCAAAGCGCGAGCGUAAGCAGCGGACCCUGACGCUGUGCGAGGUGUGUAACAUCCAGCUUAACUCCAGCGCUCAGGCACAGAUACACUACAACGGAAAAACGCACCAGCGCAGACUGCGACAGGCCAACCAGGCCAAAAACAACCGGACGGCCAACAACAACACAGCGGGAAGUCCUGUCCAGGGCAGUCCUUUACUGUCGUCAUUGCCACUUCAUGGACGGCCGCUGCAGCCUCACCUGGACCUGAAGCACAUUCUUCCUCUGAGGGUCAAUGGCUCCUCCCCACUCAGCCUAUUCCCCAACUUUAACACGAUGGAUCCUGUUCAGAAGGCGGUUAUCAGCCACACGUUCGGUCUACCGCAACCAAUCAAAAAGAAACAGAUCAUCUCCUGCAACAUCUGUCACCUCCGCUUCAAUUCUACAAACCAAGCUGAAGCUCAUUAUAAAGGCCAUAAACAUGCACGUAAACUCAAAGCCAUCGACAACCAGAAGAACAAACAAAGGAACCAGGGAAGGGAGAGGGAAAGAGAGAAAAUGAAGAAGAGAGAAAGAGAAGAGGGGAAGGCCGGACACCUUCCCGCAUUGAUGGACAGCAGUGUGUCGGAGAGGACAGCAAUUAUGUGUGACUCCCAGGCUGCACACUUGAAGCUGGAUGAAGCCCAUGCGCAGGGCAGCUCAGUCAUGCUUACCCCCAUCUCAGACUCCUCCUCCACAGACCCAGCACCACUUCAAUCCCCCCAGGUUUCUCCCAAGUCCCAGCAAUCAGUAAGCUCAUGUGAAGCUGUCCCAGACCCACCUGCCCUGGGCUCAGAUUCAGAGCCUUCAGACCAGCCCAAAGGAGAGCAGGAACCUGAGACUGGAGCAGAGCCAAACAGAGAGGGCCGAAAAAACAAACAGAAUCUCCACUGUCCUGUCUGCAAAGUCACAGUCAACUCCAGCUCACAAAUGGAAGCUCAUUACAGCGGCUCUAAGCACAAGCUGAUGUUGGAGGGUCAGUGUGUGCAGCCUCGGCGACGGGGAGGGAAGGUGGUCUCCUCCCGCAUGAAUCCCCGUUCUAAGCGCCAUGGCAACAAGAACAGUGCCACCUCCAGCAGCCAAUCGUAUCAUUGCGAUGUGUGCGAUAUAACUGUCAACUCAGAAACUCAGCUCAAACAGCAUAUGAGCAGCAGGAGACAUAAAGACAGACUGGCAGGAAAACCCCCCAAACCAAAGUUCAGCCCUUACAACAAGAGUUCAGCCAGCUCAGUGCUAGCGAAUGCGGGGUUGGCUGGUCUGUCAGGCGGGGCUGGCUCCGCCUUUGGGGGAGUGUAUCACCCCUACAGCCUCACCACAGUAACUCCUCAGACCAAAUUAGCCCUUCAGAAGGAGCUGUCCAAAACCUUGACCGCUGGCUUUCUACCUUCACCUCUGACCCCCGCGACCCUCUGCACCAUGGCAACAAACCCUCUUACCCUACGCCACACCACCGGGCCGACCGCCAUUAUUCAAACGCCCCUGCUUAGCCCUGCCCUCUUUAGACCUGCCCCUGGACCCCUGAGGGCAGCGCACGCUCCGAUCAUCUUCUCUCCUUAUUAGCCCCGCCCACCAGAGACUCUGAAUUACAGACUCAUAAGAAAACAUGAAAAACUUUGUGGAACCUUUAUUACGGAGAAGAACUGCAAAGAGGUCACUCAAGAAGAGGU